AUGAUCCGCCAAUUGCACGCCCUGCUGCCCUACUUGGAGCUAUGGUUGAGUUUCCCCGGCUUGGUGAUGAACUGCUAUUUUGCGUGGGCCUUCAGCUCCAUCAGCAUGUAUAACGCGAAUUUCAGGAUUCUACUGGUAAGAGUUUGCGUGACGCGGGCGACAACUAGCAGACACACGCUACUAUAAAAGUUCCAGGCUGUCGGAAAAAUAAUGUGAAUUUGUCACAGCAAAGUGUCUCGUCGCAGUCGCGCACCAAAUCUCCAGCGGCGGCUAGCCGUUGCAAAGUUAUGAGCGAAUCCAAGGCGCGACAAACCCACAUAAUUUUUCCGAGAUGUGUAGGGUGUUGCGAGAAAUAUGCCGGAAAAUUUUUGCCGUUUUCUUGGAGCUCAGUCAAGGUAUUCAAAAAAUUAUUUUUGCAGGAUAAAGAAGAACAUGGGCGGUUUUUUGUCCAGAAAGAAUCAUUUUCUCCGCCAGCGCGGAAAGUGUUGUAUUCGGCGGAGACAUUUGAUCGCUUUUUUGGUCAUCACCCCAACUUUAAGCGCUUUAUUAUAGCGCUGAAAUUUCCGGAAAGCCUUGAAAUUUUUGACAUAUGUAAUAGAUCAGACAGACAGCGGCAUUGCUAUGCGUCAUUUAGCGACUGCUCGGUUGGCGGAGAAAACAAUUUUCCCUUGCAAAAAACCGCCCAUCUUCUUCUUUAUCCUGCAAAAAGAAUUUUUCGGACAUCUUGAUUGUGCGCCGAGAGAUCGACAAAAACUUUCCGGCACAUUUCUUGGAGCACCCUGUAUGCUAAUGGCAUAAAAUUCCUCCAUGAAUGUUGACUUUCAGAUCACCCUGAACCUAAUUACCUCAGCCGUGUCGAUGAUCCAUCCGCUCUUUCAAAUCCUCCCCGAACAACUUCAUUCCACAGAGAAUGGAGUCACCCCGUCCACUGUGAUCUUAUACUUUUUACUGUACCUGCAAAAUGUCGGCAUCUUUGUGCUGGACGUCAAAUUCCUGCUAAUGGGGUUAGAAAGGCGAGUGGCGUUCAAGUUCCGCGAUACCUACGAGCACAAUCACGGUGGUGUGAUGAAAUGGGGAUUGAUGUUGUUGGUACGUUGAAAGAAUAUAGUGUUAUCUUUUAUAUGUAUUUCUCAGAUAACCGCUUCUGCAAUACUGGCCGCUGUGAAAGCCGCAUAUCUUUUUAUCAGCAGUCAAGGAAGCGUCGAUGCGGCCUUGCAAGACGCUUUUGUCUUGGAGAGAAGUCUGGCUGUAUUUGUUUUCUCCAAUACGCUGGCUGGCGCCAGCUGGUGCUACGGGUAUUGGGUAAGUAUUUUUCUUUUUACCUCCCUUCGGACAUACUAUUAGCAUUUUCACAAAGUGCAUAAACAUUUUUUCGCUUUCGUACAGUGCAACUAAACAAUCCAAUGUUUUGAAUUUAUUUGGUUUGUAAGUGGCCGGGACAACCGUUUUUUUAUUCGAACGAAACAUUUAUCUUAUAAGACCUUUUAUUAUAGGGUCUAUCUUAAUUUGAUACAGUAACUUCCGAGUCUAUAAUUGUUCGUUUUUGGUUUGUUAACCCAAGUCUGAGACGUUGAACAAAUUGGCUGGAAUAAUCGAGUUCACCGUAAAUUAAUUUUUGAGACAACGGAGUACCGUAAUUGUCGCAGAGAAGGGAUCUACGACAACAGCGGUUUCAACAGGCUAAUGCCAAUUUAAAAAAAAAACUUUUUAGUAAUGCUUUUUUUACAUCUAGCCUCAGUCAUGGCGUUACAAAGUGUGGAAAAGUAUCAAUAAUCUCAGAGAGCGACAUGUGUUUUAUCGCUUUUAUAUACUGUAUACUUUUCCACACUUUAUCGCUUUGUCUGAGGAGCCGCUAGCUGUAAAAAACGCAUCACAAAAAAUUUUUCUUUUUUGUAGCCGUAUUUUGCUCACAAAAAAGUUCGGAAUGAUGUCUCCUUUACGGUUGCAAUUCAUGUGAAAAAUCUCAAAAAAACUGAACCAUUUUUUGCCGACUUUCGACCAAAAAAAUCUCGGUCGUCUCACAUCUCUUUUGGCCCAUCUAUAGCAGUAGUAUGUCCCUCAACCGUCAAUUCUCGAUUUUUCAGGAAACUCUCCGCCUCAAGAAGUCCGUUCUGCAACAUCAAUACUCCGCCCAAACGCUCAGCGAAAGCUUUGAGAUCAAGCAGACUGGGGAAGUGGUCCAGUUGGUCGAAUACAUGCUACGGAUGUUCAUUUUAUGCGUUGUGUUAUGUGGAAGUUGCACAGCCAUUGCGAUAGUCUUACGAGUCUACGGGGAAAUUCCAACCGGUUCGUAUCAGAUGCACUUUGUUACAAACGUAGGUCAAGCUUGAGGUUGGGCAGUUGCUUUACAGAGAAGAAGGCUUUAGUUGUCAGUCUGUCGGGAAAAUAAUGACCACAAUUUCACUGCAUAAUUUCAAUUUGCCGCGACAAAAUUCACUUUCCGGUGGCGAUGAUACUUUCGAGGCGACAGAGUGCUCAUUAUUUCCCCGACAAACGGAUAUUUCCGGAGGACGCGGGUUACACAACAUAUUGACCAUAAAGCAUAAAUUUUUCAAUAUCAACUGCCCCGAGUUACUGAAAUUUUUAAGCUUUGCUUUGCCACAGUUCCAACAAGCCCUCUCUUUUAGCUAGAGUACGUUAUUGUUGGAUUUUACAACCUCUACUCAAGUCUGCUGAUGAUUUUUUACUUCAAACCAUUAAAGCGACGGCUGGUCAAAGAUCUCACGUCCUUUCUCCCGUUCCUGUCGUUGGCGAGGCUCGGUUCUCCGCGGAACAGUGUUGUCGCCCCAAGAGCAGACAACAUUGAAACCGAUGUGUACUUCCAGACCCUGCAACGGAUGUGGAACCGGCCACAAAUUAAUACCUCUAAACCAGAAUCUUAA